CAUCCAGUGCGCGCCGCCACCAUGAGCUCCACGCAGUUCAACAAGGGCCCGUCGUAUGGGCUCUCGGCUGAGGUCAAGAACCGGCUCCUGUCCAAGUAUGAUUCUCAGAAGGAGCUGGAGCUCCGCAGCUGGAUGGAGGAGCUCACCGGGCUCCAGAUCGGCCCCGACUUCCAGAAGGGCUUGAAGGACGGUGUCAUCCUGUGCACACUUAUGAACAAGUUGCAGCCAGGCUCGAUCCCCAAGAUCAACCGCUCCAUGCAGAACUGGCACCAGCUAGAAAACCUGUCCCACUUCAUCAAGGCCAUGGUCAGCUACGGCAUGAACCCCGUGGACCUGUUUGAGGCCAACGACCUGUUUGAGAGUGGGAACAUGACUCAGGUGCAGGUGUCUCUGCUUGCCCUGGCCGGGAAGGCCAAGACAAAGGGUCUGCAGAGCGGCGUGGACAUCGGUGUGAAAUACUCCGAGAAGCAGGAGCGGAACUUCGAUGAUGCCACCAUGAAGGCGGGCCAGUGUGUCAUCGGACUCCAGAUGGGCACCAAUAAAUGUGCCAGUCAGUCAGGCAUGACGGCCUAUGGCAUGAGACGGCACCUCUAUGACCCCAAGAACCACAUCUUGCCUCCCAUGGACCACUCCACCAUCAGCCUGCAGAUGGGCACCAACAAGUGUGCCAGCCAGGUGGGCAUGACUGCCCCCGGGACUCGGCGGCACAUCUACGACACCAAGCUGGGAACGGACAAGUGUGAUAACUCCUCCAUGUCCCUGCAGAUGGGCUACACGCAGGGCGCCAACCAGAGCGGUCAGGUGUUCGGCCUGGGCCGGCAGAUCUACGACCCCAAGUACUGUCCACAAGGCCCGGCUGUGGAUGCGGCCUCGGCCAGUGUGGAUAACUGCACGGGCCCUGGGGACACCCCUGAGUUCCCCCGCUAUUGCCAGGAGGAGGCCGACUACUGAGGGGCCACGGGGCAUCUCCUCACACCAUGGGUUUUGGGGUUUU